AUGGCACCAUCAUCAUUGCCUUCACAUAUUGACAUGGACGUCAUCUCCAAGCUUUUGCAAGAUGUCAAUGAGCACGUACGGGCCUUUAGCUCAGGAGACCUCAAGACACGCGAAGCAGCGAUUGGGUCUUGUCGGUCGCUUGCCUCAGCCCUGGAAACUCCCAGUGAGGCGGUUGUGAGAAUGACAUGGGUCGAGCCCAGUCAUCUUGCGGCGCUGCGCAUGGCUGUUGAUCUGCGGCUCUUCGACCACCUUGCGGCCGGACAGGGCUGUCCAAAAAGUAGCGAUCAGAUUGCGGCGGCGUGCUCAGCAGAGCCGUGGUUGGUUGGACGGACGAUGAAACAUCUCGCUGCGAUGAACAGUCUUCGUCAAGUGGACGCAGAUAGCUAUGUGCCCAAUCCAUUUGCACAAGCUAUGACGCAGUCGAUCUUCAGAGAGAGCGUUGUUUUAAUGCACGAUAUCUGCAUUCCAAUCAACAUGAAGACGGCGGAAUUCUUUGCAGAGAAUGGCUAUACAAGCCCCAUAGACCCCCUCAACACACCGGCGCAACAUACAUUCAAUGCGAAAGGCAAGACACAUAUCUUGGACAUAUUCGCGCAGCGUAGGCAGACUCAGGGACUUGCCAGUAUGAUGGCUACAUGGAUGCUCGAUCGACCGCAUUGGUCCGAUGACGACUUGGGAUUCUAUCCUGUGAAGCAGCGACUGAUACAAGGUGCGACUGGUGAAGAUGAUUCGGUCUUCCUCGUGGAUGUCGGAGGCAGCACAGGGCAUGAUCUGGAAAAGUUUCUCGUUCGACACCCAUUUGACAGCUUUCCAGGCCACCUGGUCCUGCAAGACCGAGUUGAGGUCAUCGAAUCGAUCCCUGAAAAUGGCUUGAAGUCUGGCAUUCGCGCGACUGCCCAUGACUUUUUCACCCCGCAACCGGUACAAGGGGCGAGGACAUAUUUUUUGCACAGUAUAAUCCAUGACUACCCGGACGACAGGGCGCAGUUGAUCCUGAAGCAUAUCGCCAGAGCAAUGAAGAAGGGGUACUCUAAACUUAUCUUGUGGGAUUUCGUGCUUCCAGAGAAGGCCGUUGCCCCAACCUUGUCAGCUCUUGAUUGGGAAAUGAUGUCCUUUUAUGCGGCUAGUGAGAGGUCAGAGGGUCAGUGGAAGACAUUGCUCGAAGAUCCCGAGAUCGGGUUGAAAGUCAAUGGAAUCUGGAACUACAGUCAGUUCGACCAAAGUGUGAUAGAAGCAGAACUAGCUUGA